UCAUGUUCACACUCCACACAUUAACUCAGUUCACAUUUCCUCCUCCUGUCUAUAAACAUUGCAGCAUCAAAGGGUUCAAUCAUCUCCAAAUAAAUUGAAUAAAGAAAAAGAAAAAAUAGAAAAUGGUGCCGAAAUUCGAUAGUUCGGUCUUGAUCAAGCUCUUGCUCUUGCAAUGUGUUGCGGUGUUGUCGGCUGCACAAGAUUUCGAUUUCUUUUACUUUGUGCAACAGUGGCCUGGAUCAUACUGCGACACAAAGCGAAGCUGUUGCUAUCCGACGACAGGGAAGCCCCCGUCGGAUUUUGGCAUCCACGGACUGUGGCCGAAUUACAGGGACGGAUCUUACCCUUCAAAUUGUGAUCCUAGCAAUCCCUAUGAUCAAUCCAAGAUAUCCGACUUGAUAAGUAGAAUGCAAGAAAAUUGGGCAACCCUUUCCUGCCCUAGCAACAGCGGCUCGACGUUUUGGUCACACGAAUGGGAAAAACACGGGACGUGCUCCGAGUCAGUGCUCGACCAACAUGGCUACUUCAAAGCUGCUCUCGACCUCAAGUCUAAACUCGACCUCCUCCAAAUUCUUCAAAGCGCCGGGAUCAAUCCAGACGGAGGGUUUUACAGUUUGAGCAGCAUAAGAAGUGCUAUUAGGAAGGGGAUAGGGUACACUCCAGGGAUAGAGUGCAAUGUAGAUGAAGAAGGGAACAGCCAGUUGUACCAGAUAUAUGUUUGUGUUGACACUUCAGGUUCUGAGUUGAUUGAAUGCCCUGUUUUUCCAAAUGGGAAAUGUGCCUCCACCAUUGAGUUCCCAUCAUUUUAGACUUGCAAACCAUUUUUCUUACAUAGUUUAAUGUUUUUGCUUUUGUCAUCUAAUUCUUGUGUGUAUUCACCAUUUCAAACUGUACUGUUCUCUGAACCAACUUGUAAUAAAUAUUGCAGAUUUCAUGGAUGCAUUUUCAAUC